UUUAUUUAAAGCAAUUAUCAGCUAUUGUCAUUCUUUUCUCAUUUUGUCACCUCACAGCAUCUGAAACGUGUGUUUAUAAAUCUCCUUGUGAAUGUGUGUACAAGAAUGGAAGUGUUAUAAACCUGAACUCUUUAGGUUCUCAUUCAAAUGCUAGGUGGAUGAUUAAGGCAGUUGACAACUACACAUACUAUUACAACCCUUGUUUUGCAUUCUCUCUAGGAAAUAGUGACUCUGAAUGUGCCAAAGGUGUUGCAGUAUGCCAAGUCAGCUCAACUGGAGAAUAUUUUGACUGUGGUGAUCAAGACCAUGUACAUUUUUCAUUCGAUAGUGCAACAAAUACUCUCCAUAUGAUAUACACUUCUCCACCAAGGACAACAAAUGUUACUUUAGUUUGUGACAGUGAAGCAUAUGAACCUGAGCUUGAUGUGACAGGUGAAAAUCCAAGUAUAAAAAAUCUCUAUGAAAUGACUCUUACUUCAAGGUGUGCAUGUCCCAACCUUUGCCGUGAAUCUCACUUAUCAGCGGGUUCUGUAUUGGUAAUAAUAUUUAUGAUCUUUGUGUCCCUUUAUCUUUUCCUUGGCAUAAUUCAUUCGAAUUUAACUCGUGGAGCACAAGGCUGGGAGUUGUUACCUCACUACGAAUUUUGGUCGGAUUUUCCUCUACUUGUACGGGAUGGAUGUGUCUUUGUUGUUAAUGGUUGCAAAACAGACACAGGAUAUGACAGAAUAUGAUGUUUUACAGUUUUAAUAGAUUAGUAUCUUUUCAAAUGUUGAAAUAAUGAAAGAUUUUAACAUUAAUUAAUGCUUGUAAAUCAACAAGUUUUAUUCUUUUAUCAAGCUUUAAAUGGAAAUUUAUUUUUAUAUUUGUAAUGCAUUAUCUUUUCUGUGUUCAAGCAAAAAUUGAAGUUCAAUUUUUCAAAUUGCCAAUGAACCCAAGAAAAAUCAAAAAUUUAAUGUAGAGAGCAAAAUUCUUUGCAAAUAUUCAAAAAUUUUAAUUUUUUAGUUUUGAAAUGUUUUUUUUUUUUUUUUUUGUCAGCUUUGGUGAAAAGUAUUUUUAAAAGUUACUUUAAAUUAAGUGCUUCUAACAAGUACCCAAUCAUUAAAAUGACUGUACCAUUAGUCUGGGCACCAAAUAUAGUUUUAAACUAUAGUUUACAACCUAGUAUAUCAAAAUAAGUAUGCAGGUUUUAUUGAAUAAAUAUGAUAGGAAAUAUUUUUAUACUUUUCUAAAUGCUAAAGUAAAGUAAAUAAAGUUUUAAAAGAUAAAAAUAGAUGCAAAACCAUGGGCAGAUUAAAAGGAUGGGGGCACAAUGGGACAAUGCCAUCCCAGUUUUGAGAGGACUUUUUUAUAGUAACACAACACACCUUUUCAAAUCUUAAAACAAAAAUCAUUAUUUUUUCCACUUUUUUUUUCUUUUUUGAAUAGUACAGAAGUGAAAAUGAAGAGAAUAACAAAUGCCUUUUUCUGAUAGAAAAGAAAAAAAUCACAGUACAUUGAAUACAAAUAGUAAAGAUGUUACUGGGGUGCUAAAAAUGUGUCUAAAAGGACUAUUUUCAACUGAAAAACCAUUAGGGCAAAUAGGACUAAACUGCUAGAGGAACUCUGCAUUCAGCAGCAAUACUUUUUUUUUAACAAAUGAGACGCCGAAAUAAAGAGAAAGAAAACUUGCCCCCCCCCCCUUUUUGUGCUAAAGAAUAACUUCUCGUUGUGAUUUGUAUUCUUCCUUUUCAGAAUGUUUGUUUCCAAUUUGCGUGAUUUCAAAAUUGAUAUAUUUUCAGUUGUUACAGACGAAGAAUCUUGGAAUAAUCUUCCAGUUUCAUAUGUUCAAACAAAUUUGGCUGGUUUGAAACGAAUGCUAUUGAGAAAAAAAAAGGACAGAGUUAAAAGUAACAAUUUACACCAUACUCAACAAAUUGAUGUAACAGUUAAACAAAAAAAAAAAAAACAUAGUUCAACCACUGCACAAACAGAAAGUAAAAGCAAUUUUUAACGAUGUGUUGAUUUUUUAGGGAAAAAAUAGGGAUCUCAGUCUUAAGCAGUUCAAAACUAAUUUUCAUAUUUUCCUGAAUCAUACAUUGUACAGAAAACAUGUGAAUAAAAGAAAAUGUGAGGAGAACGUAUUUCCGGCACAAAAAUUUAGCAAAUUUCUCGUAACAUCACUUUACUACCUGAUGAAAUGUUUUUUCAACUGUGUGUUUUAUUUUUUCCCUGAUUUUUUGCCAAUCCAAUAACCCCCUAUAAGGCUUCAAAAUGCAGAAUUUUAUAUCUAUUUUACAACUUUUUCCCCAGGGAUAUCCACCCCUGAUCCAAUAUCCCCCAAGAUAUCCCUGCAUCCUUCUCUUAAUACCAUUCUCCCUCUUAAGGUCAAUUCAAAGAGAGGAGCCAACACAUUAGUAGAGCAACACAAAAUAAGUAAAGCAUGGGCUUAUGAUGUAUCACAGGAUAAAUAGUAGGUAAGGGAGGGGGGCAGUUAAAAAUGCCCUUUUCCGUCACAGACAGAAAAAGUUGUCUGGACUACAAAAGGGACCCCAUAGCUGAAAUAGCUUAUGCAGGGGUGCCCACCCUCUCCUAAAAGCAAGGGCACCCCCCUAAAUAUCAUGAAGACCCCUCAAAAGCAAUGGCCCUCCAAAGAGAAAAAUACCCUUUCAAUACUCUCCCUCUAAAAAUUUCAAUGUCGCAGUCUUCCCCCCCCCCCCAGUAGGCAUCCCUGCCUUAGGGUCCCAUUAAGUCUAAACCCGGCCCCGACUAAUGUAGCUUUUAAAAAAAAUCCUGCCCCCCCUCCCCCGGGAACUCAGGCCUAAAUCCGCCUAUGUGUGA